UGAGAGCUUCCGUUGCGCAGAGGGAUCUCUUGCACAAUUGUCUAGCCUUGGGUGCCAGGAUGGCCCUUCGCUGUAUUACCAACAUGGGUCUGAGCUUGGACUCCGCCAUGCGCCUGCCCAGCGACACACCUUCUACGCCGAGCUGCUAUAUCAUCGACCACUUCCUCCUGCCACGCUCGCAGCUUCUGCUAGUCCUUCAUAUUAGACUACUCCCCUUGCAAUACUCUAUCACGAUCGCAUCUGUCAGCACAAAUGCAAUAGGCUGACUGUCACACACGUCGAUCAAUCAUCUGCUCGACCAAGAUAUCUCAAAGAACCAUAGCACAUCGCCCACCAUGUCGCAUCGCGGGCAGCUUUCCUGCCUGAAUUCACAACCAGUGGCCUAUCAUUCACACAGCAUGACACCUUCCUCACACUCCCCAGUCAACAAGAUGACCCCAUCACGGACGGCCUCGCAAGACUCGACAGCAGAUGGGAUCAGGAAGCGGGUGUGCAAAGCUUGCGAUCGUUGUCGAUUGAAGAAGAGCAAGUGCGAUGGUUCCAACCCAUGCACUCGCUGCAAGACCGACAAUGCCAUUUGCGUAUUCGGCGAGCGGAAAAAGUCCCACGACAAGGUCUACCCCAAGGGCUACGUUGAGAUGUUGGAACAACAGCAAGGACAGCUCGUGAGCGGUCUUGUGGAAUUGUACGAGAGGCUUGUGAAAGCCGACGCCUGGACUGGACCUCAGGUCGAGGAACACGAUGGCAAGCCCUACACACACCACAUUCUGGCCGCACUGGACUUGCUCGAAACGAGAGAUGGGACAGCAGUUGAAUUCGAGGAGGACACUGAAAAGUUGCAAGCGAAGUUGAUCGCUGGAGGUGCUGGCAUGGCGGGGCAUCCUCGUCGGUCAUCAAUCAGCUCAGACUCCGAACACAGCCAACACAGCCACGCCAGGUCGCAAUCACACGGCACACCUCAGCUAUCACAGCCCGCACCGAUCUUCAAGGAGGAGUUCAAGUUUGGAGUGAACAGUGAGCCCUCAUCGCCUCCGGCCCCAAGCCCGGUACAUCGCAGCCAGAGACAUUCCUUCCAACAGCCAGCACACCCCUCACCUCUCCAACAAAGCUCGCCGGCCGGAGAAGAUCCAACCAUGUUCCAACCGGAAUGGCAAAAUUACCCUCCUGCCAACGACAACAAAUAUGCCACACAGCAGAUGAUGCGCAACGACUUCUCAAUGCAAGCGCCGAGCAUGCACCAGCAAAUGAGCAUGUCUGGCCUGCCUACCUCCUUCCAACAAUGGGACGCGCCACAAGACUUCACCUUCGACAUGAUGCAGGACCCCAUGCAAAACUGCUUCGAUCCUUCCAUGAAUGCAGUCCAAAAUAACAGAUACACUGGGCCUGAUAUGACAGGGAUGUACCACCAGGACAACAUGGACCUCGACUUCGGUAAUUUCGUCUCAGUACAAACAUGAGAGGGAGGGCAUUUCUACUUUGAGGAUACGAAUACGAAUCCACACGAAAACAAACAUUUCUGCAGCACCAGACAGGAUUUGGAGCUUCCUCGUUAGGGCAGCACGAAUAAGUUUCACGAAACCGAGCUUCCCAGGCGCAGGCCGAAUUCGCGCAUGAGGCUUUAUCUGGGACGAGGAGGGGGGAUAGCUGUUGCACUGCCAGCACAGCUUGCUAGAAGUAUAAUGGGACGAGGAAAGGUCAGCAUCAGAGGAGGUUCUUUGAUUUCUUAUUUGCUCUUGCGUUCAAGCGAAAAACUUGAUACCCAUCGUUUAUUUGUGGGUUUGCGUGUGGGAAGAUCAUAGAAUUGGGAGGCAGCUUUAUGUAUAGAGCCAUGGUACAUACGAUCGCUUUGGGGCCAGGCCGGAGAGAACUACCUAAUACACUGCAAC